GUGGAUCAGCUGUGACAAUGUUUGUCAACAAAGCUAAGAUGGAAGCCACCAGUAACUGGACCGUCGAGAACGACCUGAAACUACACCAGGUUAUUCAAGAAACUUCUAGUUUCCCCACAGGGGACCUGGUAGAUCUCCUGGACGAAGACAAAUGUUUUAGUUUAUCACGACCGGCUACAGAACAAGUGGACUGCUGUAUCCGGCUAGUGACAAAACAUGAAGCAACAUCAGCGCGGCGAAUGCAACAAGGUUUAAAAUCAAAAACUAAGAAACUUCUUUUGGGCAUUACAAUGCUGUCAGAAGCACGAGUCAUUGAAGUUUAUACAGGGUCACAUGACGAAUAUUGCAUGACUGUGCAGGGAAAGGUAAUGAGAGACUUUGAAGAUUCUAAAAUAUACAAAUGUGAAGUGCGUUUUGACAAGCUACAAGAGGCAGUGCUUUUGAAACUGAAAGGUAUAUUUGAUGUUAAUUCUUUGUGGGUGUAUGGCUUUCAUGUGACAAUUGGCGUAGAAGCAGCCAGACAACCUGGUAGCCGAUUUGGAAGUGAUCACUUAUCUUCUGUUCUCAAGGAAAAGGAUGUGCAAAUGUCGAAACAAGCCAUGAUGUUCUGUCAAAUGUUAGAAAAUUAUAACAGUGUGAAUGAUUCAAGUAAACCAUUUCUUGGGAAUAAUCCUAUGGCUCUCAUGUCAAUGAUGCUUGGCCCCAUGAUGUCAGAGUCUAGAUCAGUCAUGUCAGGUAUGGAAACAACUGGUAAACAUGAAGUUAUCAAUAAAACGUUAAUGAAUAGCUGCAGUGAUAUGGGACAUACAGUACAGACUCAAGAUAUGCCAAAAGGGGACAGUGUUAGAGGCUGUGAACUGAAAACUAGUUUGGAUUUAUUUGCCAACAGACCAUGUUUAGCUACCAAUAUUCAAGAUGAAACUCAGUUCAACUUGCAAAAUGGGAUAAAAAACUUGGUACUUGACUGUGAAGAUGGAAAAUUUCAAGAAAACAAAGUGAUGUUUGACCAGAGUUCCACAGAAAAUGGGGAAAAAUCAAAAGACUCCCCUUCAUAUAGUGACAAUUUUGUUGAGAAACUUCAUGCUUUAAUAAAUGAUGGUAACAAUACUGUGGAUCAACAAAAGCUUUGCCCACUCUUGGAUAUUGCUUUUAAAGCUGGAACUACGUCUAAUCUGAUGGAGUCUGCUAAAGAUUAUUUUAGUAAAUCAUCAGGAGUUCCAGAUCAAGCAAGAAGUAAUCCAUUAUUGGGCUCACAAUCAAAGGUUCCCAUCUUAAGUAACAAUCAGCAUGUGGUUAAAUUAUCUCCCAAUGGGUAUUCUGGUUCAUUUGGCGCUACAAAGACUACAGAAGAAGAAGGGAGUAUGGACUUACCUACAACUGGGCAUCAAGGUGUACCUGAAAUAAGAUAUUGCACAGGCAGCAACAAAGUUCUCUUAAACUGUAUUGAGAUUUUGAUUGAUAAGAAGCUUGCAGUAUUUGAAAAAAGAAUAAUGCAGAAAAUAGAACAAAAACUUUUGGAGAAGGACAAAAAAGAUACAAUAAAACUAGAGAAAAUAGAAGGGCUUUUAUCAAAACUGUGUGAUAAAUUGUGAGAUAAUAAUAUGAACAGCAAAUUCAAAAUUAAGUUGUAAUGACAGUCAAUGACAGUCUAACUAGAAAUAUUUUUCAGUACUGUAUAUCUCCUGUUGAAGUCAUGUUUUGUAUUACAGUAUAUGUAUACAGGUAGCAGCAUCUUCCAUUUGAUACAAAUAUAUAUAUAAUACUACUUUAAUAGCGCUUCUUUUUUUGAUUAUAAUAAUAAUACUACUUUAAAAGAAAAUAAUUUUGCAGUAUGGUAUUAUACAGUGUAUAUACAGUAUGGGUAAACUUGUUUUCCUAAACUCUUUUGUUUUAAUAUUUACUGAAGUUUUUAUUUAACCAAUUUAUUUUUAAACUGUCAGUUUCUUAAAAACUAAACAAAAUCACUUGUACACUGUAAUUAUAAUAAGGUGUGCAAAUGUAUUAAAGUUUUAUACAGUACAUAUACAGCACUGUGUUAAAUCAAGACUCCCCUUAAAAUCUUUGAAAAAUAAUGGUAUCAACAAUAUUUAUUUUAUGGGGAUAUUACUGGGGUUGUCCUAACAUACAGUUUAAUGCUUAACAGUAAAUAUAAUAAGAUGACUAGGGUAACAAUGCUUAUGAAAUCUGUAUUGCUCACUAGCAGCUAUUUAUACAGUAAUAGCUUAUUUAUGAAUAUUAAUGUACACAACACUUAAAACUUCUAUGUUUAUAUUAAACAGGCUGUAUAUAGUGAACUAAAAUAUUUAGUGGUAAUACAAUAGUACAAUGAUUCAGAUUAACUUAAUUCUACCAUGCCAAAAAUGGCAUGGCAGAAUUUCGUUGACUGCAUGGGACAAUUCCUUAUACUUUUGUUACUUGGCAGGUUUAGUCCUUCAGACUAUAUUAUAAUGAGUUACCCAAACCCCUGUAACUAAUGCCCAUGUUUGGGAAGUAAUACAGCUUACACUAGGUAUCCCUGACUGGUGAAACAUCUUCAUAAUAAAGAUACUUAGGUAUUGCACGUGUCUUAUUCAUCAUCUUGUCGGUAUUGUAUACCAUUACCACUACCAUGUUAGUAAAUGAAUAAGAGAAUUUACUCUAGUUAAAGUAUUAUAACUUCCUUUUGUCAAUUAAUAAUGUUAUGAACAUUUGCAAUACAGUCUUAAAACAUUGUAUGUAUACUGUGUGGUGUAAUGGACAAAUUCUCAUUUGAUGUGACUGAAAAAAAGGGAAAUAGUGAUUUGUAACUCAUAAAAUUUAAUGCCCUAUUUUUGGUGAAAAUAUACAUAUAUGCUGUGAUACCCUGGAAGGGGUACCUUGAUGUUUGUGAAGAACUCUUGAUUAAAGGAAUUUGAGCUACCCUGCCCUUCCUCUUAUCAAACAUGAAUACUUUUCACAUUGCUGUGACCCUUGUGGGUUUAGCGCUUAGUUUUGAUUAUAAUAAUAAUGAUGAGUACCUUUCAAUGCCCAAUAGCACUAACAUCCCAUAUCAUAAAAAUCUUUGAAAGGGUCCUAAGAAGCAAGAUCACCACGCAUCUAGAAACCCAUCAGUUACACAACCCAGGGCAACAUGGGUUUAGAACAGGUCGCUCCUGUCUGUCUCAACUAUUGGACCACUACGACAAGGUCCUAAAUGCACUAGAAGACAAAAAGAAUGCAGAUGUAAUAUAUACAGACUUU